AUGGCGGAUAUAUGUUACGAAGUGGUGACUGACGCAUCUCUGCCGUCGGUUUAUGAAUCGACGCCGCCACAUUCACGGCGGAGGCAGCGGUUUAAGACGGUGAUGCAAGAAGAUUGGGAGAGGAAUUGUAAACGUAAUAAACAAGAGGAGGCUCUAGCUAUUACUAACCAUAAAGUUGACGUAUCCGGCGAGACUUCCACGACGGAGCUCAGUCCGAGAUACGGUGUUUCAUCGGUGUGUGGUAGGAGAAGAGAGAUGGAAGACGCGGUGGCGAUUCAUCCUUCGUUUUCUUGUACCAAGAAUUCGGAAAAUUCUCAACACUAUUUUGGUGUGUACGACGGCCAUGGUUGUUCCCACGUUGCAGCUAGGUGUAGAGAGAGGCUUCACAAGCUAGUGCAAGAGGAACUGACCUCAGAUGGAGAUAACGAAGAAGAAUGGAAAAAGACAAUGGAGCGCAGCUUCAAGCGCAUGGAUAGAGAAGUUUUGUCGUGGAGUGAUUCCGUCGUGAGUGCGAGGUGCAAGUGUGAUCUUCAGUCCCCUGCUUGUGAUUCCGUUGGAUCGACCGCGGUUGUUUCAGUCAUUACGCCGGAUAAGAUCAUCGUCGCAAAUUGUGGUGAUUCUAGAGCAGUUCUUUGCCGAAAUGGGAAACCAGUCCCUUUAUCAACCGAUCAUAAGCCUGAUCGUCCAGACGAAUUGGACCGAAUCGAAGGAGCCGGUGGGCGAGUCAUAUAUUGGGACUGCCCGAGAGUUCUAGGGGUCUUAGCAAUGUCACGAGCAAUAGGAGACAACUAUUUGAAACCUUACGUGAGUUGCGAGCCGGAGGUCACCAUAACGGACAGGACUGACGACGAUUGCCUCAUACUAGCAAGCGACGGUUUAUGGGAUGUGGUUUCAAACGAGACUGCGUGUUCAGUGGCUCGUAUGUGUCUCCGUGGUGGUCAGAAACAGAGAGGUAGUUAUGAGGAUCCGGAGGUCCCGGACAAGGCUUGUACGGAAGCGUCUGUAUUACUAACGAAGCUGGCGUUGGCAAGGCACAGUAGUGACAACGUGAGUGUCGUUGUGAUAGAUCUCAGGAGAGAAGGACACGUAAGUGGACACUAA